GUUUCCCGCGUGGUUUUCUUGUUUCUCUUUUUGGGCAUUUGGCCAGGCGGCCAUUUGGGUCCGUCGCCGGGUUGCGCGUGGGACCGCUUUGAAGGCUUACGAUAAAACUAACACCGAGAUAGCCAGUGCCCCCCCGUGAGGGGCGGCGCAGACCACUCCUAUCGCAUUCCUACCGAAUCCGAAAGCAGUCCGAUAGGUGUCGGAUUGCUUUCGAUAGGCGUGUGAAUCUAUCUGAGAAAAUCAUGAUCGCAAUCGAAUCGCGAGGAGAGC